GCAUUAAAUAAACUUAUACAUAUCGUCCAUACUCGCUACUUUUUGUAUUAGUUUUGAUGUUGUUAAAUAACUAAAUGCCAACCAAAUGAUUUUACAACUAAUAAUCAAUUAACAAUUUCCUUCGUUAUUAUGACAACAAUUGAUAGUGAUAUUUGCACAUGGGAGUAUUAAAGUUUUACCUGUUGAUAUAUCCCGUUAAACAUUUUCGUGAUUUCCUCGAGAAUGAAAUACGUUUGGAUGGACGCACAUUCGAUAAGUAUCGACCGAUCGGUGUAAACAUUGAAUCAUUUCAACAUUCUUUGGGAUCAAGUGCAACGAAAAUUGGAAAUUCGAAUAUUUUAUGUGGCAUACGGGCAGAGUUAUCCAAACCGCGAGCGUCCACACCGCUUGCCGGUUAUAUUGUGCCCAAUGUUGACAUGUCAUUCACAUCAUUUUCAAAAGCUGCCUCAUCGACUAGCAAUCAAAAUGUGGCCGAAAUAUUAGAGUGCUUUAUUUACAGAAUUUUAAAUGAGUCACAUUGUUUGAAAUUGGAGGAUUUGUGCAUACAUCCUGGAAAAUUGGUGUGGUGUCUGUAUAUAGAUAUAAUUGGUUUAGAAGUUGAUGGUGGUGUAUUUGAUGCUUCAAUUUUAGCUUGCGCCUCAGCACUUAGCACACUAAAAUUGCCGAAUGUCACAUACGAUGAGAAAAGUGGUAAAAUAGAGAUAGGUGAUGAUAUGAAAGAGCUACAUUUAAAUAUUUUCCCUGUGGUCAGCACCUACAGCAUAUUUGACAAUGUUGUACUGGUUGAUCCUACUUAUCGCGAAGAGAGUAUUUCCAGUGCGAUGUUUCAUCUUGGAGUACACGAAGACACAGUUGGACUCUUUCAUAAAAGUGGUGGUGUUCCGAUUUCGGUGAAAGAAAUACAACAAUCGGUUAAAAAUGCUGUGCAGAGAGAAAAGGAGAUUACAAGCCUGCUAAAUAGUUUGAAAACAAUUCAAUAAAAACACAUAAAAUUAGUAAUAUCUUAA